UCAUUCUUAAACACUGCUACAAAAUUAAGAUUUCACGCACAAGAAUUCUCAAAGACCCAUAAGCACUGUAAUUUUUCUUGUUUAAGGUUUCAGAUUUUGCAGAUAGAGACAGACAAAAGUUUAUCAUAAUGGCUUUAUCUUUCACAUCUUCAUCAGCAGUUCAUGGCUCUUCUUUAUAUUCUUCCUUUGAACAGCCUAAAGAUUCUUUUUUAGAUGCACAAUUUGGUUCUUCUCAGCCAUUGGGUUGGCUUAAUCUCCCAUCAACUGCGGUGAAAUUUUCAAGGCGGCGUUGUGCAGUUAAGCCAUUGAACGCUGAGCCAAAGAGGAAGGAUUCAAUUGUCCCCUCAGCAGCAACUAUCGUUGCUCCAGGGGUGGUUGAAAAAGUAGAGGUAGAAGACUAUGAAAAAUUGGCUAAUGAGCUUGAAAAUGCUUCCCCUCUUGAGAUUAUGGACAAGGCCCUUGAGAAAUUUGGGAAUGAUAUUGCCAUUGCUUUUAGCGGUGCGGAGGAUGUUGCCUUGAUUGAAUAUGCACGUUUAACGGGACGACCAUUUAGAGUUUUCAGCUUGGACACAGGGAGGUUAAACCCAGAGACAUAUAAAUUCUUUGACAAAGUUGAGAGACACUAUGGUAUUCGCAUCGAAUACAUGUUUCCCGAUGCUGUUGAAGUUCAAGCUUUGGUAAGGAGCAAGGGACUUUUCUCGUUUUACGAGGAUGGUCACCAGGAGUGCUGCCGAGUAAGGAAGGUUAGGCCACUGAGAAGGGCCCUCAAGGGGUUGCGUGCAUGGAUAACUGGACAGCGCAAGGAUCAGUCCCCUGGCACUCGGUCGGAAGUCCCGGUUGUCCAGGUAGACCCUGUUUUCGAGGGAAUGGAUGGUGGGGUUGGAAGUUUGGUGAAGUGGAACCCGGUGGCAAAUGUGAAGGGCGAGGAUGUUUGGAAGUUCUUACGGACCAUGAAUGUGCCGGUGAACUCAUUGCAUGCCAAAGGGUACAUCUCGAUUGGAUGCGAACCGUGCACUCGACCAGUCCUACCCGGGCAACACGAGAGAGAAGGAAGGUGGUGGUGGGAGGAUUCCAAGGCCAAGGAAUGUGGACUGCAUAAAGGCAAUAUUAAGGAAGAAACCUUAAAUGGAAAUGGCGCUGUUCAUGCAAAUGGAACUUCUACGAAUGCAGAUCUUUUUGUCACUGAGAAUGUUGUAAACUUGAGCCGGCCAGGAAUUGAGAAUUUACUGAAACUGGAAAAUAGGAGGGAGCCUUGGGUGGUUGUGCUUUAUGCACCUUGGUGCCAAUUUUGCCAGGCAAUGGAAGUUUCAUAUGUAGAAUUGGCUGAGAAGUUGACCGGAUCUGGUGUUAAGGUGGGAAAAUCCAGGGCAGAUGGGGAGGAGAAGGCAUUCGCGCAGCAAGAAUUGCGGCUAGGGAGCUUUCCUACUAUACUUUUCUUCCCUAAGCAUUCCUCAUAUCCCAUAAAAUAUCCCUCUGAGAAGAGAGACGUUGACUCAUUGCUGGCUUUUGUGAGCGCCCUCCGAUGAAGGCAUUAGGGAUUAGCUUUAGAGGGAAUCACGAGUCCGUGAUUCGAUCUAAUAAAAAAGAAGGGGGUGUUGGGAUUACAUGACAUCAAGGCAAAGUUCUACUCUCACAUUGUGGUCCUUCCUGCAUAGUGCAUACAUAUUUUUUAUUUUUUAUUUUUUUAACCCGUUUGGAAGUUGUUGAUUUUUAGAGGGCCUCAAUUUUGUAAGUUUUGAUAUGCAUUUGAAAUAAUUAUUUGAAUCUUGUAUUCCCCAUCCAGCGUUAAGCCAACUUGUAUUCUUAUUCUCUCCUUGAUUUGAAGCAACGGUCAACAGAUGGUAUGACGAGUAUUAACUGUAAAGCAGGAAAGCUUACUGGAAUUCGGAUUAUGGAUUCUUAUGGAACAUAGUAAAACAUUGUCUUU